CCUUGCGCUCCCGGGUCCCCCAAGAGGAAAAGGUACCUCGUGCUGCCUUGCUCGGACAACCAAGACACCGGCUGUUGCUGCUCUUGCGCCUUUUUCAAAUCUCCGCCGGCCCGUGCUGUGACACCUUCUCUUCUUUUCUUCCUCUCGUCUCCUCCCUACACCUCCAGCCUCUCGCUGCCCUCCAAUCCCCCCCAACCCUGACACAAUGGCCACCGUCUCGCGCCUCAGCAACUCUGCCCUGCGGGCCUCCCUCAAGGCCCCGGCCUUCAAUGGCCGGACAGCCGCCUUCAAUGCCGUGCGCUGCUACUCGGCCAAGACCCAGACCCUCAAGGAGCGCUUUGCCGAGAUCCUCCCCGAGAAGGUUGAGCAGAUCAAGGCUCUCCGCAAGGAGCACGGCUCCAAGGUCGUUGACAAGGUGACGCUUGACCAGGUCUAUGGCGGCGCCCGUGGCAUCAAGUGCCUUGUUUGGGAGGGCUCCGUCCUGGACGCCGAGGAGGGCAUCCGCUUUCGCGGCAAGACGAUCCCCGAGUGCCAGGAGCUUCUCCCCAAGGCCCCUGGCGGCAAGGAGCCUCUUCCUGAGGGUCUCUUCUGGCUGCUUCUCACCGGCGAGGUCCCGACCGAGGCGCAGGUUCGCGCUCUGUCUGCCGAGUGGGCCGCCCGUUCCGACCUCCCCAAGUUCGUUGAGGAGCUGAUCGACCACUGCCCGACCGACCUGCACCCCAUGGCGCAGUUCUCCCUGGCCGUCACAGCUCUGGAGCAGACGUCGUCGUUCGCCAAGGCGUACGCCAAGGGCAUCAACAAGAAGGAGUACUGGAGCUACACCUUUGAGGACUCGAUGGACCUCAUCGCCAAGCUGCCCAACAUUGCCUCGCGCAUCUACCAGAACGUCUUCAAGGGCGGCAAGGUGGCACCCAUCCAGAAGGACAAGGACUACUCGUUCAACUUUGCCAACCAGCUCGGCUUCGGCGAGAACAAGGACUUUGUUGAGCUGCUCCGUCUGUACCUGACCAUCCACACUGACCACGAGGGCGGCAACGUCAGCGCCCACACGACCCACCUGGUCGGCAGCGCACUCAGCUCUCCCUUCCUGUCCCUGGCGGCUGGCCUGAACGGCCUCGCCGGUCCCCUGCACGGCCUGGCCAACCAGGAGGUGCUCAACUGGCUCACCGAGAUGAAGAAGGUGGUGGGCGAGGAUCUGAGCGACAAGAACAUCACCGAUUACCUGUGGUCGACGCUCAACAGCGGCCGUGUCGUGCCCGGCUACGGUCACGCCGUCCUCCGCAAGACCGACCCGCGCUACAUGGCUCAGCGCGAGUUUGCCCUCGCCAAGAUGCCCGAGGACCCCAUGUUCAAGCUCGUCAGCCAGGUCUACAAGAUCGCCCCCGGUGUCCUGACUGAGCACGGCAAGACCAAGAACCCCUUCCCCAACGUCGACGCGCACUCGGGUGUCCUGCUGCAGCACUACGGCCUGACCGAGGCCAACUACUACACGGUCCUGUUUGGUGUGUCGCGCGCCAUUGGUGUCCUGCCCCAGCUGAUUCUGGACCGCGCCUUCGGCUCGCCCAUUGAGCGGCCCAAGUCGUUCUCUACCGACAAGUGGGCCGAGCUCGUCAGCAAGCUGUAAGCGAUGCCGCAACGACGGACUGGAGCGAGGGAUAUGAAGGCAAGACCGAACUACUACACAAAACUACGACAUGCAAUGGGAAAAGCUGGACUGCUGGCGUGUACUCGCAUUGACGGGCUGGGCGGCGCACAGCACGGUGUACGCUGGGAGAGGACUGCUUGGGAAUAGACAGCUGGUGGGCGACUGAGCGGAUACCACAACCCACUGGCGCUUUGACUUGUACAGUAUACUUGGACCUGUUUCUCGCCUUAGAGUUAAUGGGAUUGAAAUUCCUUUUGGAAGUUGUCUUGGCCUGAUUUGGGCGGUCGCUGUCGUUGGCAAUGAAUGUACUCAAGCGCUGACGCGGUUGACGAUAAAUUUUUUGGAGGGUGCGAUGACGUCGUGAUUGGAUGCCGGCGCGACCUUGGCGAGGCCGAAGCCGGCGCUGCAGGACCCUUGCUGCAGAUCCUGCAGCCCGGACACUUGUCGUCGCUGCUGCAGGCCGGCCGCGGCUGAUGAAGCGUUGAGCUCAGGCACGACUCGGGAUUGAAUUGCAUGCAUGCUUCCUGACCCCUACGAAGUACCGCAAGCGAAGCGUUGCUUCCGUGCGACAUUGGCUUUACUGCAACGCUGCAGUGGGCAAGUACCUAC